ACUGACUGCUUCAACUACGUGCGGUUUCUGCAGAGCUACAACAGUUCCCACCUCUACGCCUGUGGCACCUACGCCUUCCAGCCUAAAUGCACCUACAUAGAACUCUCUGGCUUCACCCUGGACCAAGUGGCUUUUGAGGACGGCAAAGGGAAGUGUCCCUAUGACCCCACCAAGGGACACACUGGCCUCAUCGUGGACGGGGAGCUCUACUCAGCCACCUUCAACAACUUCCUGGGCACGGAGCCUGUCAUCCUCCGCAACCUGGGCCCCCACUACUCCAUGAAGACCGAGUAUCUCACCUCCUGGUUGAACGAGCCCCACUUUGUGGCCUCAGCGUACGUGCAGGAGAGCGCAGCCAGUGCCACUGGUGAUGAUGACAAAGUUUACUUCUUCUUCAGCGAGCGCGCGGUGGAGUAUGACUGCUACGCCGAGCAAGUGGUGGCCCGCGUGGCCCGGGUCUGCAAGGGGGACGUCGGCGGGGCCCGCACGCUGCAGAAGAAGUGGACAACGUUCCUGAAGGCCCGUCUGGUGUGUUCAGCCCCCGAGCAGCAGCUUCACUUCAACCGCCUCCAGGCUGUGUUCACCCUCCCCGGGGACGAGGGGGAUGUGGACGUCUCGGCCAUUUGCCGGUACCACAUCCUGGAGGUGAAGAAGGCAUUCGAUGGCCCCUACAAGGAAUACCGGGAGCAGGCGCAGAAGUGGGGCCGGUACUCGGAUGAGGUGCCAAGUCCCCGUCCUGGCGCG